UAGGUGGCAGUGUAAGUUCCUCUUCCUGUUUAUUAGAUCGGAGAAGAUGUAAAGAUGAAGUAAGCAGAAAUUUAGUAGUUUAUCCGUCUGACGAGCGGCAAAAGUUUGUCCUGUUACCGAAAUGGACUUUCAGAACAUUCUCUCAAUAGCAGCUCAAAAUUCCAGCUCGAAACAGGUUAAGAAAGUCUUCAGCACUCAACUUGCACCUCCCAAGAAAGAAAAGAAAGAUAAAGAGGUAAAAUCGGAGGUCGUAAAAAAGCUUAUUGAGGAGAAAGAAAGGGAGAAAAGGGAAGCGGAGGAGGCAAGGGAGAGGAUCAAACGUAAAAUAGAAGAGGCGAAGGAACGGAAGAAGAGGGAGAAAGAGCUGAAGUUAAAGAGAGAAAAGGAAGAAGAGGAGAGAAGAAGAAAAGAAGAGGAAAAGAAAAACAGAUUCAGAAUCCCCAGGAAAGGAGAGAGUACCACAGAGAAAAAUGAGAUUAAAAGUUCUACCUCAACUUUAUCAGGUUCAACAUCAUCAUCAUCAAAGUCUAAAACAGCAGCUCUGAGUGGAAAAAGUGCUCUGCAAAAAAACUCAGAAUCCAGAAAAUCUGAUGUGGUGAAAAAACACAAGUCUGAUGCCAAAGUGAAAAACCAUGUAGACAAAGUGUCAGAUAAAUUGAAAAAUUCUUCAAGUAAUAGCGAGGGUGAGAAAAUAGACCCCACAACAGUUAAACCUACAGCAAUAUCCUCUCAACAAAGAAGUUCACAUUUAUAUGAUAGCAUUGAAAAGAAGAUCAUUAAAAAUGAGACAGAGGUAGAAAGGAAACGAAGAGAGUUUGAAGAGAAACGAGCUCGACUGUUGCAGCAAAUAAAAGCAAAAGGUGUGGAAACUGAGAAACCAGUCGUGGUAAAAAAGACUGAGAAGUCAAAGAGUAGUAAGGACUUCGAUAGGAAAUCUGAAAAGAAAAACAAAAGUGAAAAACUGUCAGAGCAAGAGAAGAUCUCAGAUAAAUUAAAUAACAAAUCAAGUUUACCACCUGGAAAACAGGAACUGAGUAAGCCUUCUGUGAGUGAGAAAAUCAAGGCACAUAACAGUGGUAAGAAAAUGCCUCCACCAAUGGGAUUUAGUGACCUUCUGAAACUAGCUCAAGUCAAAGCUAGUGAGCCUGUGACAAUGGAGAGCUUGAAAAAAGUGGAUAAACCAAGGAAAGAGACAGAUAGGUUAAUGACAAAGGAAGAACGGGACAGGUAUAUGGAAGAACAGGCAUGUAGACAGAGAAAGUCAUCGUCCUCAGUGGGAAAAGCUCAGAGUUCAAGUGGAAGUAUAAAUGACAAGUCGUCUUCAAAUAAAAGAGAAAACGGUGAUGGAAACCCUAAACAUUCCAAAGAGAAAAGUAUCAGGGAAAACAGGGAGGAUCGCAGUUCUCCAAAACUUAAAAACUUGUUAAUUAAUGGAGUCGAAAGUAGUUCACCAGAAACAAGCAAAAUAAGUUCAAAAUUAAAACGGAAAUCGGAGGUGUACUCUAAUUCAAAACCGUCAUCACAAAUGAUCUCAAAAUCCUCCUCCUCAAGUGCUUUACACAGACCACAGAAUAGUUCUGAUGCAAAGAAGCGAAGAGUGGACAGUCCAUCCAUGUCAAAGAGUAGCACAAGCUCUCCCAGCUCAGGGAGAAUGAAUGGACAGACGUCUCACAAACCGGCCGAGAAAAGGAGAGCUUACGACAGCGAGAAUGAAAAUGUGUUAGUGUGUGGACCACCAAAACCUAAACCAGAGGCUGCAUUGAAUCCAUUUGAUCGCAUUUAUGGACAAAUAAAGAAAAACCAUCCUAAACCAGAGAUGAAGAAGCGUCGGAUUGAGAGCGAUGAGGAGGACAGUGAGUAUGAUGAGGAGAUGGAGGGCUUCAUCACUGACGAGGGCAGCGACCUCGAGGAGGACCAUCCUCAGGACAUGGACUACUCCAAACACAUCCGACAGAUCUUCGGUUAUGACCGGCGGAAAUACAAGUAUGAAAGUGAUAGAGAUAUUGCCAAUAUGGAAUCAAACUUUGCUCAGCAGAUGAAAGAAGAGGCCAGAAGUGCACGACUUGGAUUGCAAGAAGAUUUGGAAGACAUUAGGAGAGAAGAAGAAGAAUUAAAGAGAAAAAUGGAGAAGAAGAAAAGAUAGCAACAGACCUCAGAUGGAAUUAUAUUGACCAAUGGAAUCGGGAAAAAAAAGCAUUUUCAUCUGUUAUUAAAUUGCAUUUGGUUUUUGACCAAUUAAAAAAUUGUCAAAAAAGUUUGUCUCUGAUGCAAGUAUACAUUAUUUAUUGUGCUUCAGUGUCAUGUUAUUACCUUAAGUUUGUUUUUCUUAACAACUUUGUUAAUAUUUUUUGCUUAUGAAUAUCCAGCGGGACUGCAGGAAAGUUGCUUUGAUAUGUUGUGCCUGUGAUAUUAUGUAUCUUUUUCUGUACAGUUAAUGGUGUAUGAAUUUGUACACAAGUCUCUGGGUUGACAAUUUUAUUUGGCAGAUUAAAAAAAACAAUGAUGAUAAAAAAUUAAGAUACCUGUUCUAGUAUAAUAUAAGUAUAUUGUAAUCCCCCACUGUGACUACAAUGUCUUUCAACUAUAAUAAUGCUAUGUACUUGUAAAAUUAAAAUGUAGUGAUAAAAGUAAAAUUUAGUGAUAAAAGAAAAAUGUACUUAAUACCUGAAUAUGUUUUCAAAUGGUGAAAGUUCAGUACAUAGAAAUUGGUUAUUGCCUAAUCGAGAAUAUUAUUGACAAACAUUUUACAAAUGUAUGGUUUCAUCCUUAUUUUAUUGAUAGCAACCAUUUUGCUAUUAAAAUUUGUUUUUAGUAUUACACCUGUUAUAGCUAAUUUUCCCUAAACAACUUAGAAUUCGUUACUGACAAUUUUUCACUCAUCUCUAGUCAUUUUGCUGAAAAAUAGUAUGCUAUGUUAAAUUAUAGAAAAAUUCCCAUCCCCCCCCAUAUAAAAUUAGCGUAUGAUAAAAUUUAAUGUAGAUGCAUACAAUGUGAUUUUAUGUGAAAAAAAUGUGUUGCAAAAAACGAGUAUAAGCAUAACAGAAUAUCAAUGUAAAGGUAGAGGUCUGGAAUCAAAGUUCUCUCAGAAUUGUCAUGUUUAUAAUCCUUAUUGUUAGUGAUGUCUUGUACAUGUAUAUAUACAAUGUAUUAUCAAAUUAUAAAGCAGACUGCUACAUAACAAUUAAGUAAAAAAUAUUGGUACAUCUGCUGAAAAAGGUACUUGACAUAAGUUAAAGAAUAUAAAAGAAAUAUGCUAGUAAAAUUUUAUUUUUCUUCACUAAAAGCAAACUUUGAAUGACCCAUGUAUCUUUCAUAAAAAAUAUAAUUACUACUUUACAGGUAUUAAAGUAAUAGCUUAAUUCAAGAACAAAAAUGAAUCAGAGUUUGUAAAAUUAAGAGAAAACUGGAUAAGAGUUGACUAAAAUUGUAAUUUUCAUGCAUGAAAAAAAAACUUAACCUUUUUGUCAUUUCCUUUUAAACAUAUAUUGUAGGUGUUCAAAGAUUUGAGUUAACAUUUUCAUAAUUAUUUAAAUGCAUUUUCUUUUAAGGUUUGGGAUGAAAUGAGAUGAAGCAGUACUGUUUCAAUGAUAGACUUGCUGGUUAAUUCUGUUAUACAGAACAUAAAUAUGGAUAUUUUUUGACUAUUGUCAAUCACAAUGUGCAAUUACGCAUUA